CUACACACACUGUCUUUGAGGUGCUGCGAAGACAUGAAAGGACUCAGGAAAACACUACAACCACAAGGAAGCCAGAAGUGAAUGUUUUUUUUUCCUGCCAGACAUAAGAUAGCGUCACAAGAUGAAGAACUAAUAAAGAGAGCUCUCAGGAUAAGUAAUUUCAUUUUCUGGAACUUGAGAAUGACAGUAUAUUUUGUUUUACUGCUUGGAUAACUGGAUGAGAAUUUACCUUAUGGAUUUACCCACUUAAAUGACCAACUAAGGCAUAUGUAUCUAUUCUACAGUAUAUCUGGACCACAGAAGAAUGGACACAAAUAGCCAGUGCCUGGGUAUAUGAGAGAAGUUGGAUCACUUAGAAUGACUGAGAGACUACACUAAAGGUCAGUUCUUUGACCAAUAAUGUAUAUUCAUCUAACAAGUAUCUACUCAAAUAGCAGAUGGAUCUGAGAAAUGAAAAUCCCUGUAGUUCUAUCACAGUCACUGUAAAGUAACUACUGGACCCAAGUAUUUGGGGGUCUACACAUGGGCUACACAAACCACAAUGGUCAUCACUGUCAACAGCAGCCACAUAUACCAUGACAUUAGAUCCUAUGUUAUAGAAGAUCUGCAGGACCUCAGCACCACUAUAAUGAUUUCUGGUUCUUUAAACCCUCCUCUACUGAAGAUCAUCCAAGAUGCCAUGACCAGCAAUCCCCUGCCUACCUCCACCUUCCUAAGUGACAAUGACACCCGGUGUGGCGAACAGAUCCAUAAUUAUGGUCACAUCGAAAAAUUAGUCAUAGGAGCCAUCCUGUCUCUCAUCACCUUGCUGACCAUUGCAGGGAAUUGCCUGGUAGUCAUAUCUGUUUGUUUUGUGAAGAAACUUAGGCAGCCCUCCAACUAUCUGAUUGUGUCCUUGGCUUUGGCUGACCUGUCUGUAGCCAUAGCUGUCAUGCCUUUUGUUAGUGUCACUGACCUCAUUGGGGGGAAAUGGAUUUUUGGACACUUCUUUUGUAAUGUGUUUAUAGCGAUGGAUGUCAUGUGCUGCACAGCCUCUAUUAUGACAUUAUGUGUCAUUAGCAUUGACAGAUAUCUUGGAAUCACCCGACCUCUGACGUACCCCGUGAGGCAGAAUGGGAGAUGUAUGGCCAAAAUGAUUCUCUGUGUCUGGUUACUUUCUGCUUCUAUCACAUUACCUCCUCUGUUCGGCUGGGCUCAGAAUGUCAAUGAUAACAAAGUUUGCUUAAUUAGUCAAGACUUUGGCUACACUAUUUACUCUACAGCCGUUGCCUUUUACAUUCCAAUGUCAGUGAUGCUGUUUAUGUACUACAGAAUAUUCAAAGCCGCCAAGCGGAGCGCAGCCAAGCACAAGUUUGCUGGUUUCCCGCGAUCUGAGGAAAGUGAAGGAAUAAUAUCUGCAAACGGGGUUGUAAAAAUACACAAAGAGUCAGAUGAAUGUACUAAUUUUUCAAGAUUACUUAGAAACGACAGGAAAAACAUUUCCAUUUUUAAAAGAGAACAAAAAGCAGCUACUACCCUUGGGAUUAUUGUAGGGGCUUUCACUGUAUGCUGGCUACCUUUUUUUAUACUUUCAACUGCAAGACCUUUUAUCUGUGGAACAGAGUGCAGCUGUAUUCCCUUAUGGAUGGAGAGAACAUUUUUAUGGCUGGGAUAUGCAAAUUCUCUGAUAAAUCCUUUUAUUUAUGCCUUUUUUAAUAGAGACUUGAGGACAACUUAUCGAAACCUGUUGCAAUGCAGGUACAGAAACAUCAACAGGAAGCUGUCAGCUGCAGGGAUGCACGAGGCUUUGAAGCUCGCUGAAAGGCCUGAUCAUACCCUAAAAAACUGUUCACGUGAAGAUCUCCUACAAGGGCAAUUUAUCAGCAGACUACGCACAUAAUCUUUGCCUAUACUCUUCUCCAUUCCUGAUGUCAGCAUAAUCUUUUUAAUCUUUAAAUUAUAUUUUCCACUAUAUAAUGAUACAUCAUUACUACAGAGCCUGGAGAAUAAGAACAAUGGUGUAUUUAACAUUAUAAUUUAAUAGAAAGGUUUUUCAUU